GCCACCUUGGCUGAGUAACAGCUGACGAUUUCUUUUCGGAAACAAAAGAAGGAACGGUUCAAUAAAAAGAAAAGUCCGCCCUCUGGAAUGUGACAUAGGCAUGAAUAAACGCAGGGAGGAAAAGGAUUGUUUGGGAAGUUGGCUUGGAUGCCCGGGGUGAUGAAACCUUAAGGGAAUGGAAAAGAGAGGAGAGCAACCCCCACCCACCCACGCCACUCCUUGUGGCAACGCCUCUGUCUCAGAUAUAAGAGGAGAAUACAGACAAGGAGCUGCUAGCUCUCUCCAGCCUUUUAGAACGUAGUCAGAACAUUUCUCUUGGGUGUCUCCAAUUCCUGGCAGCCAUGACCACCACCUACAGGCAAUACACCUCUUCCUCCUCGAUGAAGGGGCCUUCCUUUGCUGGGGGUUCCUCCCGGCUUUCCUCUGUCCAUCUGGGCAGCGGAUACAGAGCCCCGAGCAUCCAUGGCGGAGCUGGUGGCGUCUCCAUCUCUUCCUCUCGCUAUGUCUCUGGGGUAGGCAGUGCCCUUGGGGGUGGCUAUGGGGUAGGCAGUGCCCUUGGUGGUGGCUAUGGUGGCAGCUUCUGCAGCAGCAGCUUUGGUGGUGGGUUUGGUGGAGGCUAUGGUGGAAGCUUUGUCGCUGGUGGCGGCGAUGUCCUUCUGGGUGGAGGCGAGAAGGAAACCAUGCAGAACCUGAACGACCGCCUGGCUAACUACCUGGACAAGGUGCGGGCACUGGAGGAAGCCAACACCGAUCUGGAGGUCAAGAUCAAGGAGUGGCACAUGAAGCAGGGACCAGGUCCAGAGCGUGACUACAGCCCAUACUUCAGGACCAUCGAGGAUCUGCGGAGCAAGAUAUUAGCUGCCACUGUUGACAAUGCUGGCAUCGUCCUGCAGAUUGACAAUGCCCGCCUGGCAGCCGAUGACUUCAGAACCAAGUUUGAGACAGAGCAAGCUAUGCGCAUGAAUGUGGAGGCUGACAUCAAUGGGCUGCGCAGAGUCUUGGAUGAGCUGACCUUGUCCAGGGCAGACCUGGAGAUGCAGAUUGAGAACCUGAAGGAGGAGCUGGCUUAUCUCAGGAAGAACCAUGAAGAGGAAAUGGCUGUCCUCCGAAGCCAGAUGGGUGGUGAGAUCUCCGUGGAAAUGGACGCUGCUCCUGGAGUGGACCUGACCAAGAUCCUGGCAGAGAUGCGUGAGCAGUACGAGCACCUGGCAGAGAAGAACCGCAAGGAUGCUGAGCAGUGGUUCUUCAGCAAGACCGAAGAGCUGAACCGUGAAGUUGCCAUCCACACAGAGCAGCUGCAGAGCGGCAAGUCGGAGAUCACAGAACUGAGGCGGAGCGUCCAAAGCUUGGAGAUAGAGUUGCAGACUCAACUCAGCACGAAAGCAGCACUGGAAGCCACCCUGGCAGAUACAGAGUCUCGCUAUGGCUCCCAGCUCGCCCAGAUCCAGGUUAUGAUCAGCAGCAUGGAGGAGCAGCUGGCUGAGCUGAGGUGCGACAUGGAGCGCCAGAACCACGAAUACAAGAUCCUUCUCGAUGUCAAGACCCGCCUGGAACAGGAGAUCGCCACCUACCGCCGCCUGUUGGAGGGAGAGGAGGCCCACAUCAGUUCCCAGUACAACGCAGCUGUGGCCGGAAGAGAUGUGACGAAGACCUCACGUCAAGUCCGCAUGAUUGUCGAGGAGGUUGAAGAUGGAAAGGUCGUCUCUACUCGUGAGCAGGUCAAACAGUCCAGCUAUUGAAAAGAACCUGCCAUCAAUAGUGCCCCAAGACUAUAGUUCUGUGGAUACAACUGAGAGAGUUUAACAUCACAGAAUCUUCAUGCGUUCUGCAGUAUGCCUUCCUUUUUUAUUAAAAAAAUAGUUAUCAGCAAAUUUUCCAAAUUAACAAAAA